AUGGGCACGAAGGAGAAGGGAGAAGAGUUCGACGACGUGCAGGCUGUGCCUGUGCUCACGCACAGCCAGCCGAACCACGGAGGAGUAACCGACCUCGAAGUCAUCGACAACGAGAAAGACGUAUCUGCCCACUCGAAAGACAAGGGCGUCAAUGAUGGUGAAGUCCCGUUUGACAUUGAGCGGGACGGCGACGGCGUCGACCAAGUCGAGGCGAUUCAUGACUACACCAACGACGUCAAGGAGUUCUCCCCAUGGGAGGCAUUGCACCAGGACGUGAGCGGCGACCAGUCUCCGUUCCCAGAAGUGGCGGCAUGCGUGCCCAACACCGACGACCCCAACGAGACGGUCAACACUUUCCGCAUGUGGUUCCUCCUCACCUUCUUCAUCAUCGUCUUCACCGGCGUCAACGGCUUCUUCUACAGCCGCUACCCAUCGAUCAGCCUCGGCGCCGUGGUCGGCCAGCUGAUCCUCUUCCCGAUCGGCAAAGCGUGGGCCGCGUACGUGCCCAAGUGGCGCAUCGGCACCGAGCGCUUCGGGUUCGACCUCAACCCCGGCCCGUUCAACAAGAAGGAGCACGCGAUCAUCACCAUCUCGCUCGGCCUCAACACCUGGCUCGGCGGCACGCUGUUCAUGACAUACUGGAGCCCGUACUUCCUCAACACGGACUGGGGACCGGGCUGGGCGUGGAUCCUCGGCGUGACCGAGGUCGGCCUCGGCUUCGGCCUCGCCGGCAUGGCGCGCCAGUGGAUCGUGUACCCCGGCCAUAUGAUCUGGCCGCAGACCCUCUCCACUAGUGUCCUCUUCAGCGCACUGCACGACGACCACGCAUACGUCGGUAUCGUGUCCGGGUGGAGCAUGAGCAGGUACAAGUUCUUCCUUGUAUUCACGCUCUUCGCCUUCGUCACCUUCUGGUUCCCCAACUACAUUGCAACCUGCACCUCGCUCUUCGCUUUCAUCACCUGGAUCUGGCCUCACAAUCAGGUGGUCAACACGCUGUUUGGGAUGAACACCGGCCUCGGACUCCUCCCCAUCUCGAUCGACUGGACUCAGUACAACUAUGUGUCGACGCCUCUCACCACGCCCUUCUACAUCAUGGUCAACAAUACCGCCUCCAUCGUCAUUUUCUUCAUGUUCCUCGCUCCGAUCCUCUACUACAAGGACGUUUGGUUCUCUGGUCACCUGCCGAUUUUGUCCAUGAAUCUGUUCGACAACACAGGCGCCUCCUACAACAUCAGCCGCGUCUUCGACAGCUCCACGCUCUCGUUCAAUGAAACCGGCUACAAGGAGUACUCGCCCAUGUACAUCUCCAUGUCGUACUCGCUCGGAUUCGCACUGGCGUUUGCAGCCGUCGGCUCGCUCUUCGUUUACUCGGUGCUGUAUAACGGCAAGGAAAUUUGGGAGGGGCUGAGGAACCCCGGUGGCCGUGGCGAGGAUGUCCACAAACGCUUCCAGAACGCCUACGAGAACGUGCCACACUGGUGGUAUCUCGUCCUCGACGUCAUCUUCCUCGCUCUCGCCAUCUACAUGGUUCGCGGUUACCCCACAGGCAUGCCUGUAUGGGGCCUUUUCCUCUGUUACGGCGUCAGUGCGCUGCUGGUCAUUCCCCAAGGCCUCCUCGAAGCCAUCUCCAAUACUCGAGUGUACCUCAACAUCGUGGCCGAGGUGCUCGCUGGCUAUCUGUGGCCUGGGAAACCAAUUGCCAAUGCGCUCGCUUCCACGUACGGCAACAACAUUUUAUACUCGGCCAUGGCGUUCGCAGCCGACCUCAAACUCGGCCAGUACAUGCACAUUCCACCACGAACCCUCUUUUUCGGCCAGCUGUACGGCCUGCUCGUGGGAACGACGGUCCAGAUCGGUGUCCUGCGCUGGAUGAUGGGACACUACUCCGAUCUCUGCUCCCCCGACAACGCGUCGCACUUCACCUGCGCGUCGAACCGCGUCGCGUACAACUCGCUUAUUAUCUGGGGUGUCAUUGGCCCCGAGCGCAUGUUCAACGCCGGGCAAACGUACAACAGCCUCUUCUACUGGUUCCUCAUCGGCGCCGGUGUGACAGUCAUCUCGUGGUUCGCGUACCGCAGAUGGCCCAACUCGUGGCUCAAGUACUUCAACGUGCCGCUCUUCUUCAACUCGGCAGGCUACAUUCCCCCCGCCACGACCUCAAACUACACGCUGGGAUUCCUCCUCGGUUUCCUCUUCAACUGGGUUAUCCGUCGCCGCCACUUUGGUUGGUGGAAGCGGUACACAUACCUCCUCAACGCGGCCAUGAAUGCCGGUGUCACCAUCUGCGGCAUUGUCGUCUUCUUCGCCCUCACAUACUCGGGCAUCUACAUCAACUGGGCCCUCAACACUGUCGGCCAGAAUACCGACGACUACAAUGGUGUUCCUGCGUUCACGGUGCCGGAGGGUGGCCACUUUGGCCGUGGUGUGGGCGAGUUUUAA